GUCUCCGUGAGGCGCGGGCCGCCGGUGGCCCGCUUUGGAUCGGGAAACGGCUUAAAAUGAGGUGAAGGAAAGCCCGGCCGCGUUUCCCCGGAGGAGCUGUGAGAAACGCCCGUCAGAAGGCCGGGGCUCGCCGCGUUCCCAGCGCCCGCUGAGGGCCGCGCGGCCAAACGCGCCGCAAAUGAGAAACGAGCCGAGCGGCCCGCGUUGUGUUACGACGUGUUACCGAGCGCUGCGCGUGUCGGGCUGCUGGAGCCGGCAGGGAGCGGCCGUGGGGCGGGGCUUCGUGUCUGCGCCGCCCCGGUGCCUCCGUCGGUAAACGCCGGGGGUCUGGGUGCGGGCCGCUGUGUCUGAGGGCUUCGUGUCGGCUCUGAGCCUCUGCCGUCGGCGCAGCGCUGCUUCACCGCACCGCAACAAACGGCAAAGCCUCUUCCCUGCCCCCAGGGCUCCACAGAGGUUGUAGAACACCGGACUGUGUGUAGAAGAGUCUGCUGCUGGAUCUCGCUGCUUUGUUUUGGCUGUGAAUAGGAAUAGGAGUUUCCAACAGGUUGAGCGGAUGCUGAGGAAAAGAACAGUUGGUCCUGUGAGCAGCCUGCAGGGAACCUGCAGCUUACCCUCUACCAAUAUAAAACCUGUCCUUUCUGCAGUAAAGUCCGAGCUUUUCUGGAUUAUCAUGGGCUGCCCUAUGAAAUUGUGGAAGUAAACCCGAUAAUGAGGAAAGAGAUCAAAUUCUCUUCCUACAGGAAGGUGCCCAUCCUGCUAGCUGAUGCUGGAAGCCCUCUGCAAUUGAAUGACUCUUCGGUGAUCAUCAGUGCAAUAAAGACCUAUCUCAUUUCCAAGAGGAAUAGCCUAGAAGAAAUUGUGUCCUUUUAUCCCCCCAUGAAAACCGUGACUGAGCAAGGCAAGGAGGUACUUGAGUAUGGGAAUAAAUACUGGCUCAUGCUGGAUGAGAAGGAGACGAAGCGAGUCUAUCCUGUCAAAGAAGUGAGAGUGGAAGAAAUGCAGUGGAGAAAAUGGGCAGAUGAUUGGCUUGUUCACCUCAUCUCCCCCAAUGUUUACCGCACCCCCAAAGAAGCCUUGGCAUCCUUUGAUUACAUUGUCCGUGAGGGGAAGUUUGGCACUGUGGAAGGUUUCUUUGCCAAGUACGUGGGGGCCAUUGCCAUGUUCUUCAUUAGCAAGAGACUGAAGAAAAGGCAUCACCUUCGAGAUGAUGUCCGAGAAGACUUGUACGAAGCAGUUGAUAAGUGGGUAAAAGCCAUUGGCAAAAAUAGACUGUUCAUGGGUGGAAGUCAGCCAAACCUUGCUGACUUGGCAGUGUACGGAGUGCUGCGGGUCAUGGAGGGGCUGGAAGCCUUUGACGACAUGAUGGUCCACACCAAGAUUCAGCCUUGGUACCAGCGCAUGGAAGAAGCCAUUCAAAGAGCUGCAGCCUGAUGUCAACUGCAGCCUCCUUCCUGAAGUACUUGCAUGGGGAGAAAAAAACUCAAGAAGGAAUGGUUUUUAUUUUUUAAAGAGUUGAACGGACUGAUCACACCUCAUGAACUGACACGCAGGCACAGAAACUGUCCUGUUCAGGGUCCUGAGUUUCUGCAGGGAUCCUGCAGUGUGUAAGUGUAAAUGAGAUGUUUAGAAGGAUGGGAACAGGUAAAAGAAAGGUGUUUGGGGCACUGCUGGAAGGAAGAAGCUCAGACUGAACUGAAGAAGCACUGAGCAGACUUCUUUUAGGUGAGAGCCAUGCUCAGAGCACAUUACUGUAAGAGCAAGCUGCUUUCUUGGCUAGGGAGUGUUACAGCCAGAUCCGGUCUGAUGGCUCUGAGCAGCUUUUGCUUCAAGCUGUCUUCCUCCAUUCAUCCACAUGUCUUUUCCUGACUGAGACAGUGGAUGCUAGAUUUUAAAUAAGAGUUUUUCUGCAAUAGAAUCUUGUAAACCCAGUGCUGUGGGAGCUGGGGGAGAGUCCCCAAUUCUGGGAAAUGAGCCCUUCCUCUGCUGGGCCGUGCUGUGCUGCCGGGCUGUGAGCUUUGCCAUGUGAACGGUUCUGAUGAUCCUGUAUGGUGUGCGAGGAUAAAAGCUUCUCUGACAGGGACACGUGUGAGCUCUUACCUGCAGCAC